GUCCGUUAGUCAUUUCGCGCCUUCUUUUAAAAUUUCUGACUUAACCAAUCGCUGAGUUAAGAUGGUGGUACCACGUGCUCAAUUUGGUCCAAUCAGCAGCCUUCUCCCGUCACAGGACUAUUUAUAAAGCCGCAUUUUUCCUCAGACCUUCAUUCGCAUAGUGUGAAGCAAACAUUUCGUGAUGGCAAGAACCAAGCAGACCGCCCGCAAAUCCACCGGAGGAAAGGCUCCCAGGAAGCAGCUGGCUACCAAGGCUGCCCGGAAGAGCGCCCCGGCUACCGGCGGCGUCAAGAAGCCUCACCGUUACAGGCCCGGUACCGUGGCUCUCCGAGAGAUCCGCCGCUACCAGAAAUCCACCGAGCUGCUUAUCCGCAAGCUGCCCUUCCAGCGCCUGGUCCGGGAGAUCGCUCAGGACUUUAAGACCGACCUGCGCUUCCAGAGCUCCGCCGUCAUGGCUCUGCAGGAGGCCAGCGAGGCUUACCUGGUCGGUCUCUUCGAGGACACCAACCUGUGCGCCAUCCACGCCAAGAGGGUCACCAUCAUGCCCAAAGACAUCCAGCUGGCCCGCCGCAUCCGCGGAGAGAGAGCUUAGAUUACGGCUCCAGCUGCUCCAACAAAACAACGGCUCUUUUAAGAGCCAACUAACUACUCUAGAGCAAAAUCCACUGAAUUAUAAAUUAAUA